GAGUGUUAUUGCACACACGCAACCUCUUGAUGACACUCCAUUUCCUGUCGCUCUUUUUGUUCAAGGCAUCUCCCACAAUCGAUUGGACUCAGCAUGGCCGCAUCAGGUUUCUUCACCCGCCUUUUAUGCAGCCGUAUGGCCAAUUCCAGUUCUCUACUGGUUUCGGCCAAUGUGGGAGCUUGGAGCCUGGCCUCGAUUCGAAGCCUGAGUGCCGAGGCCGUUCCUCUGCCCAAGGUCUACUUUGAAGUCUCAGCCAAUGGCGAGAAUUUGGGCCGCAUUGUCAUGGAAUUGCGGUCGGAUGUGGUGCCCAAAACGGCCGAGAACUUUCGGUGUCUUUGUACGGGUGAAAAAGGAUUCGGCUUUAAGGGGUCAUCUUUCCAUCGAGUGAUUCCUCAAUUCAUGAUCCAGGGCGGUGACUUUACCAACCACAACGGAACGGGUGGAAAAUCAAUUUAUGGCCGAACUUUCCGAGACGAAAACUUUGAAUUGAAGCACACUGGAGCCGGAAUUUUGUCCAUGGCCAAUGCUGGGCCUCAUACAAAUGGAUCUCAAUUUUUCAUCUGCACUGCAAAAACCGAUUGGCUGGAUGGGAAACACACGGUCUUCGGAAAAGUGGUCGAAGGCAUGGAUGUGGUCCAGAAAGUGGAAUCUUUUGGAUCCCGAUCCGGAAAAACCAGCAAGAAAAUCACAGUGGAGAAUUGCGGCGAAGUCUAGGAAGACUAUUGUUAUUUGCUUCCAGGGUCUGGUGACUAGUUUUUAGAUGGAACACCACGCUUGUAAUGUUUUUCUUGUAUAUUUACACAUUGUUGGCAAUAAACUCGAAUAUGUCCUACAAA